UGACAAUUGUGUCAAUACUUGACACAAUCCUAACCUCACAAUUGACAAUUUGCCAAAAACGUAAACAAACACAUGGACCAAGCCACAGCUCGACGCCUGCUCUCCGAGGGCGCCUUCUUCAUCCUCCUGGGGGUCCCCGAGGGCACCGAGUUCGGCAUCGACCUCAAAUCCUGGAACACGGGGGAGAAGUUCCGCGGGGUUAAAAUGAUCCCCCCAGGCGUGCACUUCAUAUUUUACAACUCUGUUAGUGCGACAACCGACGAUGUGGCCCCCAGAGUUGGGUUUUUCCACAAUUUUAAACCGGGCGAAGUCCUGGUGAAAAAAUGGUCAAAGGUAAAUGAGCAAAUCAGUGACGAGCAAGUCAAUGAGUCGGAAAUCGUGAGUUUGAAGGAGAAUUUGAGGGCUCUUGAUGGGUUUCUGGGGCCUUAUCCGUUCGAUAUUGCGGAGCGGUGGGCCAGCUUAGUGGGGAGCAUCACCGAAAAUUUGUUGGGGAAAUUGGUGCCGCAGUGUGGGCAAGUGAGGGCUGCUUUGGAGCUGCAGUCGUGCAGCGAUGCCGAGCGGCCCAGGGGGGCUAAAAGAAAAAAGGGGGAGGCGAGUGAGCCGUCUUGUAGCGGGAUAAAAAAUUUGUCCGGUUGUGGAGAACUUGAUUUGUUGCCUGCUUUAAAACCGAUCGAAGGGACGGAGUUAAGGUUGACGAAAUUCCCUGAAAAGAACUAUCCUGAGGGAAGCUCGCCCUCUGAAAUUACGCAGCAUUCCCUUGAUUUAACAUUUGUUUUUGAAACACUUUUGUCACAGUAUUCUGAGUCUACGGAAAUCAUCGGUGAGCUGGAAUUCUGCUACAUUUGUUUCCUUGUAGGCCACAGUUUGGAGGCAUUUGACCAGUGGAAAAAACUAGUGACUUUGUUUUGUUCCUGUGAUGCCGCUAUUACAAAAUAUAGAAAAUUAUUCGAUUUAUUUAUAACAGUUUUAGAAGUACAUAUAAAGGAAAUACCGGAAGAAUUCUUAGCAGAUAUUGUUUCAAACGAUAAUUUUGUUUAUGUUAAUUUGAAAAAAUUAUUUAGGUCGAUUCAUGAAUCAAACGUUGACGGACAAUUUAAAAGUAAAGUCGUUCGAUUUAAAAAUUCUUUAACUACGACGUUUUUGUGGGAUUUUGAACAUCUGGAUUCCGAUGAAGACGACGAAGCCCCAGUUAUUGUAGAAACUUAAUUUUGUUGUGUUGAAAAUAAAACUAUUUUACUUCA